UCUAAAUCUCAGCUAUUUUUCUGUUGAUAAAAAUUCAAAAACAUUAUACAAUUUUUUUUAUUGGAAUCUAGAAGAAUUUUCACGAAUGUUUUUAUGCUAUAAACUUUAUUAACAUCGUACAACCGAUACAAGUUAAUAUUAGAAAAAUGAACGGUUUAUCCAAAAACUGUGCGGGGAAAGCACUUUCCCUACGCAGUUUUGGAAAAGAAGGGUUAACACCUGAAAAAGUGAAAGGUGAAUCUACGGAGGAAAUUCAUUCAAGUAGUUACUCCGUUCCUUUUAUACGUAUUUCGCAAAACUCUUCUUGUUUGGCAAAGUAUACAAAUGUAUUAUCAAGAACUUCUGAGGAUGGAAUAACAAUGGACGAUUUGGAUGCUCUUCAGCAAGAUUUGGAAAAACUAUUAACAAACUGUGCCUUGAGAAACAGGUAUUUCAGAACUGAAAUUGAAUCUAUCGAUAAAGUGGAAGAAAAACGAGAUAAAAGGGGGAAACAGACUUCUCUUAAGAGAAAAAGACAAGACGAUAAAAUGAAAUUCAAGGAUAUCAAAAACGGAACUAGAAUUGUUAAAAAGCAUGGCUUAGGUGUGAACAAUUUCAUAGUAGAAACUCCACCAUUAAGACAUGAUGUUCCAAAAGUUACCUUACCAAAAAAUGAUACUUCUGAGAAGUUCUGGGCAUCUGUAGAGCCCUUUUGUGCUGAAAUUCAGAAAGACGAUGUUGCAUUUUUAGAUACUCUUAUUGAGGAGUGCUCUAAAGAAAUAACAAUAAAAGUACCUGAUAUUGGAGAGCAUUUCACUUCAGAAUGGUCAGAUGAGCUUUUGUUCGAAGAACAAAAUGUUACUAGUUCUAAAGGAAAUGAUUAUAAGAAAAAUGGUUUCAAUACGAUACUAGAUACUUUAUCGCAUCCAAAAACACAAAGUCUCCUAUCAACUCUACCUGCAACAUUGGAUAAAUUCAGAGUGUCAGAUUUAGGAAUAUUUAAAAAUUACAGUAGAAAAGGUUGUAUGGAAAAAAGAUUGAAGAAGGAACUUAUUGAUCAAGGAAUCUUCACUGUUGAAGAACUUCAAAAGACAACACCAGAGGAUGAAGUUCUACUUGAAAUUAAGAAAUGCCAACAUGAACUGAUAACUGUAAAUGAAUAUAACAAAAUGGAACUUCACAAACUUAGGAAUAAUGUAGCGAAAGAUAUGAAAAGGCAAGAAGUGAAAGAGGCAUUGAAAAAAUGCGACAGCAAAGUUAUAGAAUUAUACAAUAAAAUACUUGUAUCUAAGCAGAAAGCUUUACAAAAUGAAGAUGAAGAUGUAGAUAAACAACUACUAAAUGAACAAAUUACUAAAGAUUUCGAGAGUGAAGCAGAUGCUUUGGUUGAGCAACAAUAUAUACUAAACAGAGAACUUUUAGAUCUGAUUGAUUCAACAAUGUUAUAUUAGGGUAUAUUUGUUAAGAAAGAAUAUUUUAUUUUACAGCAAAUUGUUUAUAUCAGAAAAAAAUUAUAUCUUAUUAUACAUAA